CGGCAGAGGGGCUGUGUCGGCAGCGCCCGCCGCUCCCGCCGCCUCCUCCUCCUCCUGCUGCUGCUGCCGCGGCGGCGGCGGCGCGCGUGGGGACCCGCACACACAGACACGCACACACAGAGGCAGGCACGCUCGCACACGCACUCACACCCGCUCCCACGGGCGCGCACCCGCACCCACAUACAGACAGACAUACAUGCACGCGCGCCGCCGCACGCUCCCGCGCACACGCCCCGGGGGGAAGGAAGGAGCCGCUGCCGGACGCCCCGCAGCCCCCGCCGCCGCCGCCGCCAGGAGCCCCCCGCGCCGCCACCGCCGCCACCACCGCCGGCUUUUGUCCGCCGCCCCCGCGGGAGCCGACCCUCCGCUCGGCCGGCGCCCGCCCGGCAGCAUGGACGCGGCGCUGUGACCCGCCGGGGGCGGAUUGGGAAGUUUGAAUAAGGAUUUUAUCGCUUCCCUUUCCCCCUGCUCCCCUCGGUGCGGCUCAGCCCCUACCCCCAUCUUCCCCGACAGCUUUUGUUGUUUUGUUUUUAUUUUUUUCUUCAGCGUGCAAUUUUUAUUAUUAUUUUUUUUUAAUCUGCCGCGUGGGGUUGGAUUUUUUUUUUUUUGUUACAGUUUUUAUUUUGAAUUUUAUCUUUGGUUGUACCCGUCUCUACCCGCCGUAGAGACCGGUCCCCGCGGGCGGCCGAGCGCCACCCCCGACCCGGCCCGCGGGGCUGCCAUGGAUCGCACCGGCGGCUCCGGCGGGGGCAGCGACCGCAGGCAGCCCGAGGAGAGCAAGCCGCUGCUGGGCGAGAUGUCCGCUCCCGAGGGGAAUAAAAUGGGUGCCGCGCCGUGCCGGAGAGCCCUGCUCCACUGCAACGGCAUGAGGUACAAGCUGCUGCAGGAGGGGGACAUCCAGGUGUGUGUCAUCCGGCACCCCCGGACGUUUCUCAGCAAGAUCCUCACCUCCAAGUUCCUGCGGCGGUGGGAGCCGCACCACUUGACCCUGGCGGACAACAGCGUCGCCUCGGCCACGCCAACUGGGUACAUGGAAAACUCCAUUUCCUACAGUGCUAUUGAAGAUGUUCAACUGCUCUCCUGGGAGAAUGCCCCUAAGUACUGUUUACAGCUCACAAUCCCGGGGGGUACUGUCCUACUGCAGGCUGCAAACAGUUACCUGAGGGAUCAGUGGUUCCAUUCUUUGCAGUGGAAGAAGAAGAUUUACAAGUACAAGAAGGUGCUGAGUAACCCCAGCCGCUGGGAAGUGGUGCUGAAGGAGAUCCGGACGCUGGUGGACAUGGCGCUGACGUCCCCGCUGCAGGACGACUCCAUCCACCAGGCACCCCUGGAGAUCGUCUCCAAGCUGCUCUCAGAGAACAACAACUUAACCACUCAAGACCAUGAGAGCAUUAUUGUGGCAAUUGCACCUUUGCUGGAAAACAACCAUCCUCCUCCUGACCUCUGUGAAUUCUUCUGCAAGCACUGCCGAGAGCGCCCGCGGUCCAUGGUGGUGAUCGAGGUGUUCACCCCCGUGGUGCAGAGGAUCCUCAAACACAACAUGGAUUUUGGGAAGUGCCCUCGGUUGCGGCUCUUUACUCAGGAGUACAUUCUGUCUUUGAAUGAGCUGAAUGCUGGAAUGGAGGUGGUGAAGAAGUUUAUUCACAGCAUGCAUGGUCCAACAGGACAAUGCCCACAUCCCAGGGUCCUGCCAAAUCUUGUAGCUGUCUGCUUAGCUGCCAUUUAUUCCUGUUAUGAGGAAUUCAUCAACAGUCGGGACAACUCACCAAGCCUGAAGGAAAUUCGGAAUGGCUGCCAGCAGCAGUGUGACCGAAAGCCCAACCUCCCCCUCCGCCUUCUUCACACGAGUCCCGACCUGGUCUCUCAGGAGGCCACCUUGACUGAAUCCCGUCUCAAACCAGUUAUUGUCACUUCCAACGAGAUCCACGUGGAGGUGGAGCGCAACAACACGGCCAACCAGAAGAUGACAGCCGGCGUUGGCAACGACAGCGAGCCCAACCUCAUCGACUGCCUGAUGGUCAGCCCCACCUGCAGCACCAUGAGCAUCGAGCUGAGUGCCCAGGCAGACAGGAUCCUGGGCUGCUACGUGGAGAUCCUCAAGAUGCUGUCAGACUAUGAUGACUGGAGACCAGCCCUGGCCAGCUUGCUUCAGCCUAUCCCGUUUCCCAAGGAGGCUCUCGCACAUGAGAAAUUCACAAAGGAGCUGAAAUAUGUGAUUCAGAGAUUUGCAGAAGACCCGAGGCAAGAAGUCCACUCGUGUUUGCUGAGUGUGAGGGCUGGCAAGGACGGCUGGUUCCAGCUCUACAGCCCUGGGGGAGUGGCCUGUGAUGAUGAUGGAGAGCUCUUUGCCAGUAUGGUUCAUAUUUUAAUGGGAUCCUGCUAUAAAACAAAGAAAUUCCUGCUUUCACUGGCUGAAAAUAAAUUGGGACCUUGCAUGCUGCUGGCUUUGAGGGGUAACCAGACGAUGGUAGAGAUUUUGUGUUUGAUGCUGGAAUACAACAUCAUUGACAAUAAUGACACCCAGCUCCAGAUCAUCUCCACCCUGGAAAGCACAGACGUGGGAAAGAGAAUGUAUGAACAGCUGUGUGAGAGGCAGAGGGAGUUAAAGGAGCUGCAAAGAAAAGGUGGCCCCACAAGGUUAACACUGCCAUCCAAGUCCACAGAUGCAGACCUGGCCCGCCUGCUGAGCUCGGGAUCUUUUGGGAAUCUGGAAAACCUCAGCCUGGCCUUCACCAAUGUGACAAGUGCUUGUGCUGAGCACCUCAUCAAACUGCCUUCGCUCAAGCAGCUGAACCUGUGGUCAACUCAGUUCGGCGACGCGGGGCUGCGGCUGCUGUCCGAGCACCUCACCAUGCUGCAAGUGCUCAACCUGUGCGAGACCCCGGUGACGGACGCGGGGCUGCUGGCACUGAGCUCCAUGAAGAGCCUGUGUAGUUUAAAUAUGAACAGCACCAAACUUUCAGCAGAUACCUACGAAGAUCUCAAGGCUAAACUCCCCAACCUAAAGGAGGUGGACGUCCGCUACACCGAGGCCUGGUGAACUCUCCCUGCCUCCGACUCUUCUCUUUUGCUUCUUGUGAGAAGGAAAAGAUUUUUAAAAAAGACAGAUUGAAACAAACCAGAAAAUAACUUUUGGCCAAUUCCUGUAGAGCAGUGAGCCUGGGGACUUGGUGGCAGGAGUUGUGGUUGUGGGGUAGCAGAGUGGAGUUGUGUGUUUUGGGAGGAUGGGGCAAGCCUGGACCCCAUCAGAUUCUUUCAGCUUUGUGAUUUCAGAAUCAGCAUAAUUUAAAUUGAAAAGGAAGGAAACAAACAAAAAAAGAGGACUUUGUAGCAGCAAGAGGAUUAUAAAGAGGAAAAAAACACCUUUGUGGAUUUUAUUUGCCUUUGUGUUUUAUGCCGUGUGGAGAAAAAAAUAUAUAUUCCUUUGUCCUUACUUACUUGGGUUUCCUUGGCUGGCACCCAGCCAGCCAGAACUCCUGUUUCACCAGUUUUGCUCCAGAAAAUCAAACUUCAGAAAUCUCAAGAGAAGAAAACCAAAACCAAUAUGAUUUUCACCUCCCCUCAUGUCCUUGCAGUUGUUAUGCAAAGUAAUUUUGUUGUACAUAAGAUUUACAUAAUGCACCUAUUUAAGAAAAUGGUUCACAAAUAACAGGUCUGGGACCUGUCUUUUAUUUAUGAAUUGUUAAUUCUUUUACCCUUUUUUUGCGUAUAGUACUGUAUAAACUAGUUUGCUGUCUUGUUGUUAUUAUUAUUUUUUUUUAAGGAAAUGUCCUCCUUGAAGAAUUGCCUUUUAGUAAUGCAAACUGUAUUAUACUCCCUCUUUGUCAACAUUCAUCGCGUUGUCUUUUUGAUUUCAAAAUGCCUCAAAUGUUAUCAAAUAGGAAGGAAAAUCUUCAUCAAGGGGGGUGUGGUUGUUGGGGAAGGGGGUGCAGGGAUUAAUAAAAGUCACAAUUCCUUCCAAAGUCUGAAAAUUUUCUUUAGUCUUUUAAGCCAUGUCAGGUUCAAACAUGGGAGAUGGGGACAAGCCGUUUAUUUUGCCAAUGGGGUGUUUGCAAACUGUAGAUUUUACAAAUUGCCUCCGUUGUUUUCUGUUUACGUCCGAUAUUUCAAAACGAGAAAAAAAAGCUCUCCCUCCACUUUGUGCAUCAGCUUUUUCUGGUUUUUUUUUUCCCCCCCUCCCCUCAUUCCCUCCCCUGUCCCGUGCCCCCCUCCCUGCCCUGUCCUGUGCACGCAUUGUUCUGCAUGUUCCUCUGGGGAGACUGAGGAAAUCGCGGUGUUGCUGAUCCGAUAGCUCUGACCUGUCUGUAAAUGUGACUGCUACAUUUUUCAAAUUCCACAGUUGCUUAGAAGAUGAUUUUUUAAAAAUUGUGGUUUCUUUUAUAACUAUGCUGUUGACUUUUUUUUUUCAUAAUGAGCCUUCAUUGUACAGAGCUGCUUAUUUAAAAAAAAAAUCAAAAACACAACAAAAAGAAUUUUUUUCCUCUGUUUAACACUUUUAUUUUAUUCUUCAGCACCUCAAGGUUUCACAUACAGCCAAUGUAAUUUUUUAUAUGAAUAUAUAUAUAUAUAUUUAAUCUUAUUCAAUGGAAAGCCAAGCUUUUUUGUUCAGGUUUUGUUUUCUUUUUUUUAAGUUUGUUGCUAUGUAGACAACCCCAUCCCAAAUGAUGUUGUUUUUCUCUUUUUUUUUCUUUUUUUUUAAAUAAUGAAACAGAAAUUGAGUCUUAACUCAUGUAGUGUGUCAGGUUUUCUUUUCCCCCCUUCAAAUCCCACACUGUAUGAAGAUGCAGUAUGGGAAGGAAGAAGAAGAAGAAAAAAAAAAGAAGAAAAAAUAUGCCAACAUUUUCCUUAGCACUGUUGCUUUUACCAAUGGUUUACUACUACUGUUCUGUAGCUGUGUACAAAGAGAUGUGAAAUAAUUUCAGGCAAAAAUAAACUGUAAGUGAAUAUCUUUUA